AUGGCAGAAAAUCGGAGCAGAUCCCCUUUCCCGAGCUUGGAUGAAGUGCAAGCCAACAACCAGCGACUCCUCCAAACCAUGGACACACUCCAAGCAUCAAUGAAGCAGCAGCAGGAGACCCUGCACACACACCAAGGGCGAAUCAAUGAAAUCGACCAACGCCCCGCUCACACGCAACACCAGCUUCAAAAAGAGCAGCAACUACAGGCCUCCAAGCAAGCCCUCGUCACCAGCUGGGCAGACAGUGCCACAGCGCACGACCGCCUUAAGGCCAUCGAGGACUUACUUCGCAAAGAGGGCCUGACCUCUCGAUAUGCCAGCACUACUACCAUGAAAGGCAAGACCGGCAUCUCACCCUUUACCGUUGUCGAGUUCUUCACAAAAGAGGCACGGAACGAGUUCCUCGACAUGAUCAAGAAGGACAUGCUCAUCUGCCAUGGCCAAAUCACCGUGGGACGAGCUCAGACGCCCAAAUACCAACGAGAGGCGGACCAGCCCUUUCGAUGCGCCAUCGCCACUUUCUCCCAGUGUGAAGGGACAAGGGCCCGACACAAGCCGACACGGGAAUUGUCUGCGCUCUGGCACUCCGCGGAGUGGGUCCUCAUGGCCGAGGCUUCCCCAGUGGACAAGACAGACAUCAUCAUCCACGUCCAGCCCUCUACGCACGAAGCAUUCGUCUCCAAAUUCCAAGCUGAUUGGCAGCAAUGGGGUGGACAGAAGGGCCAGACCAGCAAUACCGCAGCGGAGUACGAUGAGAAAUGCCGGCAACUCCAGACAGCUGGGAAACAGACCGCGCAACCCAUGGAGACAGACGCGGCCAAUGCCACCCCGCAGACGGUGAGCCAGCCCAAAGGCGCUGGCACGGGGGCCGCGCGGCAGUAG